GAUUUCAGUGCCUAAACUUCGGCCUCCUGUUCUUUCUAAGGAAACGAGUCUGUCCCACCUUUCAAGAAAACAAUGAGGGCUCAGUGACAUUUAAGUCACAUGCCCAAAGAACAAAGCAGCCAGUAUAUUCUAAGUUCUCAUCCCCAUAGAAACCAGGAGCACCUUUUUUUCCUCCAAUUCCCCCAGGGUCGAGGGUGAUUUGUUUUCAGCAAAGUAGUGAUAGUGUUGCUGUUAUUUUUAUUACUAUUCUGACAUUUGUUUGUCUAAUUAAUAAACCUAGAGACCUUUUGCAGUAUCUAACCAGUUUUGCUAAGUUCUCUAUAUUUCAGCUAUGCCACAUCUGCAAAGAUCAUGAAAACAACAGUCAGGGUAGGACCCAUAUCUCCCUGCCUCACUGGUACAGUGAUCUCACAUGAUUUUGUUGCAUUUCCUGCCAAUUCUAAAAGGUUUGGAUGCUCUUCCAAGAGUCACAUGUCCAAACCAUCCAGAUGCGAUCCUAGUGGAGGACUACAGAGCUGGUGAUAUGAUCUGUCCUGAAUGUGGCCUGGUUGUAGGUGACCGAGUUAUCGAUGUAGGAUCUGAGUGGAGAACUUUCAGCAAUGAUAAAGCAACAAAAGAUCCAUCUCGAGUUGGAGAUUCUCAGAAUCCUCUUCUGAGUGAUGGAGAUUUGUCUACUAUGAUUGGCAAGGGUACAGGAGCUGCAAGUUUUGAUGAAUUUGGUAAUUCUAAGUACCAGAAUAGGAGAACCAUGAGUAGUUCUGAUCGGGCAAUGAUGAAUGCAUUUAAAGAAAUCACUACCAUGGCAGACAGAAUCAACCUCCCUCGAAAUAUAGUUGAUCGAACAAAUAACCUAUUCAAGCAAGUGUAUGAACAGAAGAGCCUAAAGGGGAGAGCCAAUGAUGCCAUAGCUUCUGCUUGUCUUUAUAUUGCCUGCCGACAGGAAGGGGUUCCUAGAACAUUUAAAGAAAUAUGUGCUGUAUCACGAAUUUCUAAGAAAGAAAUUGGUCGAUGUUUUAAACUUAUUCUGAAAGCUUUAGAAACCAGUGUGGAUUUGAUUACAACUGGGGACUUCAUGUCCAGGUUUUGUUCCAACCUUUGUCUUCCUAAGCAAGUACAGAUGGCAGCGACACAUAUAGCCCGUAAAGCUGUGGAGUUGGACUUGGUUCCUGGAAGGAGCCCGAUAUCUGUGGCAGCAGCUGCUAUUUACAUGGCCUCACAGGCAUCAGCUGAGAAAAGGACCCAAAAAGAGAUUGGAGAUAUUGCUGGUGUUGCUGAUGUUACAAUCAGACAGUCGUACAGACUAAUCUAUCCUCGGGCCCCAGAUCUGUUUCCUACAGACUUCAAAUUUGACACCCCUGUGGACAAACUACCACAGCUAUAAGUUGAGGAAGCUAAUGUGAAAUUCCUGUGAACACUGAACUUUGCCUGUUGUACAUAGCCUAUAUACCAAGUGCUGGAUUGAGCCUUUAAUAAGGAAGAACGAAAGACAUGGUACGCAUUCCAGGGCUAAAUAUAAAAAUUGCUUGGCAUUCUGUAUAUAUAUACUAGUGAAACAUAUUUAAUGAUUUAAAUUUCAUAUUAAACUUGCUUUCUUUUGUAGCAAUCUAGGAAACUGUAUUUUGGAAGAUAUUUGAAAUUCUUGAAUAAAACGUUUUUCAAAACUAAAGUUUUUGUUAUGUUACAUGUAAUUUUUAAUUUAUAUAUAUAAUUACAUGUAAUGCAUAUUGCAGCUAAUAAAACUGAUAGAGGUC